AUGUCCAAUCCCCUCCAAAGUCGUAGACAGCAACACCUGAACCCUGAACGUCGCAAAGAAGACGAUAUUGACCAAUGUGGGACUAAGCGUCGUCAAUCUAACCCGGACCGCUCUGAUCCACACCCAGGACAGGCUCUGGAGGGGCAACAACAGGCACGUCUAGAGCUUCUCCACCCUGUUUCCGUUAACGACAAGCAGUCACCAACGGCACACAGAGAGGAACCUGUCCAUUCAGGAGACGACGUCGUCUUCGAGGGUGAGACCAAGGGAGUUCCCGACCUGCGUGCGGACCGGAGUCAGACCACUACUGGUGAAUAUGUAGCCAGUAAUGGUCUGUCCUCCCGUUCGUCGUCGGGUACUUCAGGGGCCUUAUCCUCCAGUAAUGACCAACCACGUCUUCCACCUAACAAAUGUAGACGCUACCGUCGUCGCACCAACAACAAGGACACGGUAAGGGGCCAAUCGUCCGCUCAGAAACUUACUGAGUUAAUGGCGCAACAGCAAUGUGGGGAGUACGUUGAGAUAUAG